AUGGGCGAGGCAGGCGGCGUUGAGGAGGCCUGCGAGCUCAUGGGAACUAAAGAAGAAUUUGUUAAAGUCCGAAAGAAGGACCUGGAACGGCUCACAACUGAAGUGAUGCAGAUACGAGACUUCUUACCCAGGAUACUGAAUGGGGAAGUACUGGAAACCUUCCAGAAAUUAAAGAUUGUGGAAAAAAACCUGGAAAGGAAGGAGCAAGAAUUAGAGCAACUGAGAAUGGAUUGUGAGCACUUUAAAGCCCGCCUAGAAACCGUGCAAGCCGACAGCAUGAAAGAGAAGAAGGAGAAACUGGCUCUUCGCCAGCAGCUGAAUGAAGCGAAGCAGCAACUUCUGCAGCAGGCGGAGUAUUGCACGGAGAUGGGGGCCGCGGCCUGCACCCUGCUCUGGGGCGCUUCCAGCAGCGAGGGCGUCGUCAAAGCCAUUUUGGGAGGAGAUAAAGCUUUGAAAUUUUUCAACAUCACUGGUCAGACAAUGGAGAGUUUUGUGAAGUCCCUGGAUGGGGAUGUGAAGGAGCUCGAUUCUGAUGAAAACCAGUUUGUUUUCGCUCUGGCUGGAAUUGUAACAAAUGUUGCUGCCAUAGCAUGUGGUCGUGAAUUCCUGGUUAACUCCAGCCGGGUGCUUUUGGACACCAUACUGCAGCUUCUGGGAGACUUGAAGCCAGGACAGUGCACCAAACUCAAAGUGUUAAUGCUGAUGUCCCUGUACAAUGUGAGCAUCAAUUUGAAAGGCUUGAAGUAUAUCAGCGAGAGCCCAGGAUUCAUCCCUUUGCUGUGGUGGCUUCUGAGUGAUCCAGAUGCAGAGGUGUGUCUUCAUGUUUUGCGACUUGUCCAGUCGGUGGUUCUGGAACCGGAAGUGUUCUCCAAGUCAGCCUCCGAGUUCCGGAGCUCCCUGCCCCUGCAGCGCAUCCUGGCCAUGUCCAAGAGCCGCAACCCCCACCUGCAGGCCGUGGCCCGGGAGCUCCUGGAAGACCUUCGCGCUCUGGAGUGUGAUGUGUAG